AUCAUAAGAUCUAGUACUAAAGCAAUCUAGUGCUCAUCUUUUUGCUGCUUAGAAGCAGCAGCAGCUUCUUUCUUCCUUAUCAAACUAGAACUUCUAAACGCCUAGCUAGCUAGCCAGCGCGCGAUCAAAACGGGAGAGUCUAAAUCAUCGCCAGUCGCAACGUGAUUUGUGAGGCGUUAGAGAUGUAUCUAAAGCGCGCGCAUAGGCCUGGUAGUGCAUAGGUAGUGCGCAUGUAGUACACGCCAUAGAACAGCCACUUGCGCGAAGCAGCGACAGAAAUCUGAUCAGAUCUUGACGGGUCGCAUCGUGUGCCGUUUUUGUCAGUUCCGGGCUCGGACUUUUCUCGCAGGUUUGGCAACGGAACUCGUUCCGCGAUCCAGCCAAAAUGGGUAUCAUCGAUCGUCCGUUCACAUUCUGGGUGGUUUUCGUGGUGAAUAUGUUGGUCAUAGUGCUGUUCAGUGGGGCAGUUUUGUAUUUUGGAAAUGAGGCCCGGGCCCAAAUUCCUGAUUCGGAAAAGUGUCGGGUACAAUUUGUGAAUGGGUCCACCGGAGUGGGAGUCAAUCGGAGGACAUUCAACGGAGUGCUGUACUGUGAAUAUUUGGGUAUCCGAUAUGCCGAACCACCCGUGGGGAAGCUGAGGUUGAAGAAUCCUAUCCUCCGGGAACCGAACGGUACGGAGAAAUAUCAACAGUUGGGCAGCGUUUGUGCCCAACUCAACUCACUGGGCUCAGCCUCCGAAGUCCUCGGAGACGAGGACUGUCUCUUCAUGAACGUCUACAGCCCUCUGGUUCCGCACGGGGAUGGAAAAGACCAACGCUAUCCGGUGCUGGUUUACAUUCACGGUGGCAGUUACGCAAUUUGGUCCCCUCAAACGGACAUGUACGGUGUGGAUUUGUUGGUCGAGAGUGGAGUUUUGAUCGUGUCCUUCAACUAUAGACUGUUCAUAAGUGGAUUCAUGCACUACACAACCUUCAAUGUGACGGGUAAUUUCGGACUCAAAGACCAACUCAUAGCACUGCAGUGGGUUCAACAGUUCAUUGAACCUUUCGGAGGAGACCCGAGCAAUGUGACGCUGAUGGGUCAAAGUGUGGGAGCUCAUUCGGUUACCUAUCAUUUGUAUCUGGAACAAUUUCAAGGAUUGUUUCAUCGAGCUAUUGCAAUGUCCGGUUCAUUACUGUCACCUUCGGCUAUGAUCUACUAUCAGGAUGAAUUUGUGCACGAAUAUCUGGAGUCGCUCAACAUAACAACCUACGAACAACUGAUGAAACUCCCAUUCAGAGAUCUCUUCCAGCUUCAAACGUCCAAAAGACGAUUCAUUUUUGCUACAGUAGGGCUUCCCAUUUUCAUCCCAACGAUAGAAAAUCCAAAUGAUCCAGAUGCUCUCGUUACGCAACCCGUUCAUGAGCUUUUCAAAACUGAACCAGCCAGUCAGGUGCCGUUGAUGAUUGGAAUGACCGCCGGAGAAUUCAUUCCUUUGUUUUCACCGAUUCAUCACUUUUUCGCUCACAACAACUUUCCGAAUCACAAUAAUGAGACUCUGAACAAAAGAUAUCAGGAUUUGAUACGAAAAGCAGCAGCUCUGGUAGAAAAAGUUGAACCUGCAGGAGUGGGAAAACAUUUUUACGGAAAAUUGGCGGAUCUUUCAAAUAUGUACUACCCGGUGAAGCGAUUGCUACAGGAACUGAGGAAUUCCUACACCUAUCUGGCCCCGAUUUACUACUAUCGGUUCGAGUAUGAUGGCAAAUUUGGCAAGUACAAGAACGAGUAUUACGCGAACGAUCUGGACCCAAGUUAUCAGGUCGCCAUUCAUGGGGAUGAUUUGGGCUACCUUUUUACAUCUUACAACGCUAAAGCUGCGUUGAAGAACAAACGAGCCUUCCAAACCGAAUGGGAAGUGACGGAGAGAAAUGUUCGGCGAUUCAGCAAUUUCAUCAAAUAUGGGGAUCCAACGAUCGAUAUGGAACUAAAAUGGCCACCUUUCAACGGAAACGAAACGGAAUCGCAGUUCCUGAACAUCAACUCCCGGGACGAAAUUCGGACGGACGACGAUGGACCAAACUUUAUCUACCAAAUGUGGCACCGGAUAUACGAGUGUUUGUACUUUUUCGAGUGUGAUUCGAUGGAUCGGUUGAUAGCGAAAAUCGAUGGUCUUAAAAUUGUGGAGAAAGUUCAUCUGGAUGAAUUUUUCGACGACGAAAAUUUAGCAUGAAAUAAAUUUAAUCUGAAACUUA